AGGCUAAAACCAUCCAUGAACAGUUAAUGUGUUGUAGCCUUUCAAAGGUUUUCUUUAGUAUUAAAUCAAACAUUUAUAUACAAACACAAAACCCUUUCUUUCCUUUUCUCUCUCUCUCUCUCUCUCACUCUCUCUCACACACUCUAUUCUAUCUCUCUUUCUCAUACCCUAGUCGAUCGCUGUCAUAUAAAAUUAUCUAAAUCCAACCCCCGAAAAUGGAUUUAAGGACUAAGAUCCUUACAAUAACUGUCUACCUCCAAAAUGGAAUCGAGCUCAUCCAAUGAUUUCAAACUAGAUCCAUCCAGAUUCAUAAAUAUUCUUCAUCAAAUCGAUCCCACAGUCAAAUUUACACAAAACAUGGAUUCCAACACUCUAGAAAUCAACAUUUCAAACCCACUCAUGACAUCCAUGAUCACCACUGUCAGCAGCAGCAGCAGCAACAGCCACUCGGCCGCAGCUCCGAUGACCUUCAGUCGAUACGAGAAUCAAAAACGCCGCGACUGGAACACCUUCGGCCAAUACCUUAAGAAUCAUCGCCCACCACUCUCUCUCUCUAGAUGCAGCGGCGCCCACGUUCUUGAAUUCCUCCGCUACCUCGAUCAAUUCGGAAAAACCAAAGUUCAUACACAAAUCUGCCCUUUCUUUGGUAAUCCAAACCCACCUGCCGCUUGCCCUUGCCCGCUUAGACAAGCUUGGGGUAGCCUAGAUGCCCUCAUCGGCCGCCUCCGCGCCGCCUACGACGAAAACACCGGAGCACCGCCGGAGUCUAACCCAUUUGGGGCCCGCGCCGUCCGUCUCUAUCUUCGAGAAAUCCGUGACUCUCAGUCCAAGGCUAGAGGAAUUAGUUACGAAAAGAAGAAACGAAAACGUCCCCCUCUUCCAGCUCCGCCGCCGUCCGGGAUCAUGUUUCCAUCUUCCACGACGAGCUGAUCAAAAUAUCACGGUAUCUUAUAUUUAAGACAUCUCUCUCUCUCUAUAUAUAUAUAUAUAUAUAUUCAAGUUUUAAUAUUCCUACAAAAAAACAGCUUCAUAUAUAUGCUAGAAUGAAUUAUAUGUGGGACGUUAGUGAUGUUUUAUUGAGAUUAUUGUGGUUGUUGCAGCUUCUUUCUUUAUGUUUUAAUUAAUUAAUGGUUAUUGAAAAAAAGACAUUUGAU